CAGGAAAAUCUCAUUUGCGGCAAUUCGGCAUCGCUAAACCCUAUUCAAUGUUAUUUACGCCGCGUUAAAUCCAAAGUGGGCACCAGAUCGUUAAUUUCUUAUGACACUAUAGGACGAACUCCUACCUUCAAGAAGUCUGCUGUGACGUCAGGGGCCGGUUUUGCACAUUAAUUGACAAUAUUGGGCCCUGAAGCGUUACCUCACUUGCGUACCGCCCUGCAUGACAUUCAAAUAAAGUUAACAAUUCAUGACCUGUGGAUGCAUUCAUUCGUCAGAUGAUGUAAGCGGAACAGAUCUUCAAGCUUCUCUUGAUCCAUGGACAAUGCAUAUGCAGCCGAAGAUUGUAUGACCGGCAAAUGGUAUGUUACCACAACAGUUCUGGGUGGGAUUUUGCGUUCCUGGAAGAUGUUUGGUGUUUUCAGGAUUAAGAAAAGAGAGAUAAUCCGAUGCUUGCUUGUCGCUUUGGGAGCUGGAUGUGUUUUUGUCUUUUGAGGUGGUUCUGCGCAUUGCAGAUUUCAAGCGGUGCCAUCUUAAAAUUGUAAUGAUAGCGAUAUGGUACAGGACCAUUCAAGGAAAGAAGAAAUAAGUAAACUACCACCUGGAAGACAUAUAAAUAAAAUAUCUGUUGUUGUCAUUGAACUUAAAAAAGGUCACAGUGGUGGCCAAAACGUCGUC